GUCCAAGUUCAGGUCAGUUUGUGAGAACGGUCCAAUCCGGAUUGAGCAGACAGUUAUAGUCGGCGAAUAGAAACCCCGGGCUGUGUGGUGGACUGUGGGUACAUCCAAUGGCCUGGGUGGUAGUAGUAGUGUGUCCGUGGUGCGGUGGUGAACACAGUGGGACAGGACAGCGCUGCGUGGGGGACGCAGGAGACAGCGGCGGGUACCAGCGAUCGUACUGUGGAGAAAUCCCCUGGGCUCUAUGGCGCUCCGUUAUAGGGAAUUGAAUUAAUUAAAUCAAUGAGCCGAGCAUGAACACGUCGUUUUCGAGUGUCUCCUCCUCUGAGCAUGGACUGACCACAUCUCUCUCUGGAUGAUUUGAUGGGGCUGCUCAGAGUCAUGAUGCCGCCCAAGUUGCAGCUUCUGGCGCUGCUGGCGUUUGCAGUGGCCAUGUUCUUCCUGGAGAACCAGAUCCAGAAGCUGGAGGAGUCCAGGGGAAAGCUUGAGCGAGCCAUCGCCAGACACGAGGUGCGAGAGAUCGAGCAGCGGCACACGCAGGACGGCCUUCGGGAGCGGGACUCCUCAACCUCUUUACUGUCCGACAAUGAAGACGACAUCGUCAUCAUCUACAACCGAGUGCCCAAGACAGCCAGCACCUCCUUCACCAACAUCGCAUACGACCUGUGUGGGAAGAACCACUACCACGUCCUGCACAUCAACACCACCAAGAACAACCCUGUCAUGUCCAUACAGGACCAGGUGCGGUUUGUAAAGAAUGUAACUGAGUGGAGGGAAAUGAAACCAGCUUUCUACCACGGACACGUCUCCUUCCUGGACUUCACCAAGUUUGGUGUGAAGAGGAAGCCCAUCUACAUUAACGUGAUCCGGGACCCCAUUGAGAGGCUGGUGUCCUAUUAUUAUUUUCUGCGUUUUGGGGACGACUACCGGCCCGGCUUGAGACGCAGGAAACAAGGAGACAAGAAGACGUUCGAUGAAUGUGUAUCAGCCGGCGGCUCAGACUGUGCCCCUGAGAAGCUCUGGCUCCAGAUUCCCUUUUUCUGUGGACACUACUCCGAAUGCUGGAACGUGGGCAGCCAGUGGGCUCUGGAGCAGGCCAAAUACAACCUGGUGAACGAGUACAUGCUGGUCGGGGUGACAGAGGAGCUGGAGGACUUUGUCAUGAUGCUGGAGGCGGCGCUGCCUCGCUUCUUCAGAGGAGCCACUGAUCUGUACAAAACAGGGAAGAAAUCCCACCUGAGGAAGACCAGCGAGAAGAAGCCGCCCACUAAGGAGUCCAUCGCCAAGCUGCAGCAGUCGACCAUCUGGAAGAUGGAGAACGAUUUCUACGAGUUUGCACUGGAGCAGUUCCAGUUUGUCAGGGCGCACGCUGUAAGAGAAAAGGACGGGGAGCUGUAUCUGCUGGCACAAAACUUCUUCUACGAGAAAAUCUACCCAAAAAACUGAAGAGAUUGGUGUUUCAUAGAGGAGGUGGGAGAAGACACUUGAAAAAGAGAAGGAGAGAGAGACUGGUGGACUCCUGGUGACUGUGUGGCUGGUUUGUAUGUUUGAGUCAGAGCAUAAUGGUGAACUGCAGAACUAUGAAGCCUCUGAACGCAGCGAUCAGUCUGGACGAGGAGCUCACCUCAGCAGGUCGUGUUCCCAGCAGCACCAAGGGGUCUCCUCUUCCUUUCACUGUCAUUUCAAAGCACGCUCACGCAGAGGGCCUCUGCUGGCUCGUGUCCCGUGACAGAUUUCCCAACAGCUGGUCAGACUUGGACUCCUGAUUGGCUCUGAUCCAGCAAAAACAUUGUCAUCAGCUCUGUACUGUUUGGUUGUGUUUGGUUGUAUUUUAACUCUUUACUCUGGCUGUUUUUUUUUUUUUUCUAUGUAAAGACGGUAACCUUUUCCAUGGUGAACAACAUGCCCAUGUCUCACCACCACUACUACUAACUUAAAGAGAUUUUAAGUGUAAGAAACUGACUACUGUGCUGUAUUAUUGGACUGAAGACUUUUGAAGUUUUUAUGAAAUAAAAUCCAUUGUGUUCAUAUUUCCAGAGGCAAGUGUGUACGUUUUCUACUGUUUUAGUUAUAUCACUUGUAAAUGUGCAGCUGAACAUCACAUGACAUGAAUGAAGUGUGGAUGAACACUGAGAGGUGACGAUGCUGCUUCUUUCAGGUGUUUCUUUCUCAGACAGCUUUGGUACAUUUUGUAAGUUUGUACUUUUAUUUGUUGUUUUAUCUUUAUUUUAAAACCAGUAAAUUAUGUUACUCUGCUGCUUAAAGGGGCAUUUUAACAUUUUAGGAAUGAUUUAAUUCAAGGUAGAAGAGAAGGUUGAUAUCUCUAAAUACUAGACGUUAAAAAAUAAGACCACAGCUAGCAGCCAGUCAGCAUAGCUUAGCAUAGCAUUAAUAUGUAAACAGGGGGAAACAGCUAGCCUGCCACUUUGAUUUAAACUCCCCGUUACACUGAAGAGUUGACAUUUUCUUAACUUUACUUUUUAAUAAAUUACACUUUGUUACUUUGGGACAGAGCCAGGCUUGCUUUUUACCCAUUUCUGAUCUUCAUGCUAAGCUAAUUGCUGCUGCUGCUGCUGCUGUAUAUUAUUUGGCCAAUAAUAAACUAAACAAGGAAGAAAAUAUGCCACAAAAUGUCAACCUGCUCCUUAAAAUCUCUGCUCUUUUCUUCACAAGUGUCCACUCUAAAAAUAGUUGGGAUGUUGGUGAUAACUUUGCUAAUUGUCUUUGUGUAGCUUUUCUCUCUCGUUGUCUUAGGGGUUCAGUUUAUUGUGCCUUUAAUGGCCUUUAUAGGCUAAUUAAAGUUCUUGUCUCCACUUCGUAAACUGCUAACUAACAUUUGGAAACGCUUACUGUCCCAUUAAGGAGCUACACUGGAGUGAAGAGCUGCACAGAAAUGUUCUACCUGGAUGCUCUGUCUCAUCCCAGCUCUUGAAGAAUUUAGUGGUUAAUAGUCUUUACUUUGAUCUGAAGAGAAGCGGUGCCUUCACAGCUCUCCUUGUGUUGCAGCUCCGUCAUUAUGGUACAUGAAAACAACAUGGCCACCAAUGGAUGUAUUCAUCUUUUGAUUGUCAAAAUAAUACAGAACGUUUGAACUAAAA